CAGUGAGAUUACAGAGAAAAACGAGUGUAGAAGCUGUGUAAAGCAAAACAAUAUAAACAGAUUUCUACUACUGCUCUUCCGCCAUUUGCCAUUUUCUUCCGAUUCAGAAAUCACACUCUUUUCAAUGCCAAAAACAGAAUUCAAAUCACAAAUUCACACAAAUUCCGAUUAGAUUACAAUGACAAUGAGCCGUAGCUCCGGCGACGACAACAAGGAUAAGAAUGAUAACAAUGCCAUAAGCUCCGGCGGUGGAUUUCACUCGAUCCGUGACCGUUUUCGUUUCAAGAGAAAUUCACAGAGACCGACGGAGACGGUAACGUUGCCGUCUUCUUCUUCUUCGCCGGAUCGGCAGUGGAAAACUCCGGCACGAUCUCAUCAUCACCAUCACCAUAACCGAUCUUUUAGUAGGAAGCUGAUUUUCUUCUGUUUCAGAGGGAAAUGGUUAUAUUUGUGUAUAUUUAUGGUUAUUUUUGUUUUUGCGUUAGCGUCUAUGGUGUUACAGAGUUCAAUCAUGUCGGUGUUUAGGCAAAAUGAGAGAGCUCGUUGGAGGUGGUCUGUUAGGGAUGAUUUGAAGUUAGGGAGUUCAUUGGAGUUUGUUCAACCACGGAGGUUUCAGCUUGGUAAUGGUUUGGACUUGGUUAGGAAUCAGCCUAGAAUUGGUGUUCGGCCUCCUCGGAUUGCGCUAGUCUUAGGAAACAUGAGGAAGGACCCACUGUCAUUGAUGCUAUCUACUGUGGUGAAGAACUUACGGGGACUAGGCUAUAUGAUUAAGAUAUAUGCUGUGGAGGAUGGCAUUGCGAGAUCCAUAUGGGAAGAAAUAGGAGGGAAAGUAUCAAUUUUAACUGCUGAUAGAUAUGAUCUCAUUGAUUGGUCAAUUUUUGACGGUGUUAUUGCUGAUUCACUUGAAGAUAAAAAUGCUAUAUCAAGCCUUAUGCAGGAGCCUUUUUGCUCUGUCCCCCUUGUAUGGAUGAUUCAACAAGAUACUCUUGCAAGUCGCCUUCGUCUCUAUGAAAACAUGGGCUGGGAAAAUCUUAUUUCUCAUUGGAGAGAUUCUUUUCGUAGGGCUGAUGUUAUUGUAUUUCCGGAUUACUCUUUGCCGAUGUUAUAUAGUGGACUUGACACUGAAAACUUCUUUGUGAUCCCCGGAUCACCAAAAGACAAUUGGGCUGCUGGCAGUUAUAGUAGGAGACAUUCAAAAUCUCAAUCAAGGGAGAAAUAUGGUUUUGGCAAAGAUGAUCUCUUGGUUUUAGUUUUUGGAAGUUCCAUUCUCUACAAUGAGCUGUCCUGGGAUUAUGCGUUGUCCAUUCGUCAUAUAGAACCUUUGCUACUCAAAUUUGCUGGAAGUGAUGUUGAAGAGAGACUGAAGUUCGUUUUCAUGUCAGGAAAUUCCAGUGAUGGGUAUAAUGAUGCAUUGCAGGAUAUUGCUACUCGUCUAGGACUUCAUGAGGGAUCUCUCUCACACCAUGAUAUGAAGGGUGAUGUUAACGGUAUUACACUGAUUGCUGACAUUGUCCUCUACUUCUCCCCCCAAUAUGAGCAAGAAUUUCCUCCUAUUCUGAUACGAGCUAUGUCGUUUGGAAUACCAAUUGUCGCGCCAGACUACCCUGUCAUUAAGAAAUAUGUUGUUGAUGAAGUACAUGGAAUCAUCUUCUCUCAACACAAUUCAAAUGAAUUGGUGCAAGAUUUCUCACUACUUAUAUCUGAUGGAAAACUAACGAGAUUUGCUCACACUAUUGCAUCUUCUGGGAGGCUGCUUUCCAAGAACAUGUUUGCAGUGGAAUGCAUUACAGGCUAUGCAAAGCUGCUGGAGAAUGUCAUAACUUUCCCAUCUGAUGUCAUACUUCCAGGAGACACCUCUCAGCUUAAGCAGGACUCAUGGGAGUGGGGUUAUUUCCAAAAGGAUUUAGAGGAUCCUAAGGACAUAGAAGAUCUUCAAAUGAAGGAUGUGGAUCCAAUAAAUUCCAGUGUUGUUUAUGACCUUGAAUUAGAGAUGACAGGUUUUGUUCCAUUGAAUGUAUCGAGAGAUGAUCCGGAGGCUAUAAAGGAAGACUUUCCAAGUGAGUUGGAUUGGGACAUCUUAAAUGAAAUGGAGCGUUCUGAGGAAGUAGAUAGACUCGAGUCGGAGGAGAUUGAGGAAAGAAUGGAAAAGGACAUUGGUAAGUGGGAUGAUAUAUAUCGUAAUGCUCGAAAAGCUGAAAAGCUUCGGUUUGAAACUAAUGAAAGAGAUGAAGGAGAGCUGGAAAGGACUGGGCAACCAAUAUGCAUUUAUGAGGUUUAUGAUGGAACUGGAGCUUGGUCAUUUUUGCAUCAUGGCUCUUUGUACCGUGGAUUGAGCCUAUCAACUAAAGCACGAAGAUUGAGAUCAGAUGAUGUUGAUGCAGUUGGCCGUCUUACCCUCUUGAAUGAGACCUACUACCGGGAUAUCCUCUGUGAGAUGGGUGGCAUGUUUUCAAUUGCAAACCAUUUAGAUAAUAUUCAUAGACGGCCCUGGAUUGGAUUCCAGUCAUGGCGAGCUACUGGAAGAAAAGUUUCCUUAUCUAAAAAUGCUGAGCUGGCCCUAGAAGAAACAAUACAGGCAAAGGUUAAAGGUGAUGUAAUAUACUAUUGGGCACAUUUGGAUGUGGAUGGUGGAUUUACAGGAAGCAAUGAUGCCCUUACCUUCUGGUCAAUGUGCGAUAUAUUGAAUGGAGGCAACUGUAGAAAUGCUUUCCAAGACGCAUUUCGUAUAAUGUAUGGCUUACCGUCACAUAUAGAAGCUCUCCCACCCAUGCCUGAAGAUGGUGGGAAAUGGUCAGCCCUACAUAGCUGGGUUAUGCCAACCUCUUCUUUUCUAGAGUUUGUUAUGUUUUCCAGGAUAUUUGUUGAUGCUCUGGAUGGUUUGCACGUGAAUUCAAGCAAUAGGACACAUUGUAUACUGGCAAAUUCAACCAUGGAGAAGCAGCACUGUUACUGUCGGGUUUUGGAACUGUUGGUAAAUGUCUGGGCCUAUCACAGUGCACGGCAGAUGGUUUACAUUAAUCCUCACUCAGGUGCGGUGGAAGAGCAGCACUCAGUUGAGCAGCGAAAAGGAUAUAUGUGGGCAAAGUACUUCAACAUGACGUUGUUGAAGAGUAUGGAUGAAGACUUGGCAGAAGCUGCUGAUGACAAUUACCAUCCAUAUGAAACAUGGUUGUGGCCAUUAACGGGAGAGAUAUAUUGGCAAGGGAUAUAUGAAAGGGAGAGAGAAGAGAGAUACAGGCAAAAAAUGGACAAGAAGAGAAAGACGAGAGAGAAACUACAGGACAGAAUGAAACACGGAUAUAAACAAAAGUCACUUGGAGGAUAACACAUAUUGGCUAGGCCUAUAAGAGAUUUUUGACACCAUUUGUAAACACCACUUGGCUCCUAACACAGCAACCAAGCUCAUUUUUGCUCUGGGCUUAUGGAUGCAAGAGAACGACACCAAACAACAAACGAGUGGUUUAAUUCUUUCUAACUGCAUCAACAUACGGAAACUGAGAUACUAGACUGACCUAACUACAUAUAUUCAUAUGGAGAGAGAGUGCAUUACUCUUUGGCAAGAGUAAGUAAGUUAUCUGUGGCUCACCAGCAUUUUUGAAAGCUUUUAUAAUGGACAAUCUUAUGCGGGGCUCGUUACAAUUCUCUGGUUCUAAGAGGCACAUUCUCUAGUGGAGAUUCCGUUACUGCAGUAUUUGAAAUGAGCUUGAGCCUCUGCUGAAUAUUGUAUUCUUUCGACUGUGUAUAUACAUUUUAAUACAAUAGAGCAAAUGCAAAAUUAGUUUUA